AUGCUUUUGGAAAGAUUUUUACAAUUUGCACGAGAUACAGAAUUUAUUGGGACAGAAAGAGUUGCAAAAGCAAAUGAACGUUGUGAUAGAUUAAUUGCUAUUGGACAUACAGAUGCACCUACAAUAGCUUUAUGGAAAGAUUCUUUAAACGAAGCAUGGGAAAACCUUCAAGAAUUAAUAGAUACAAGAACACAAGCUUUGGAAGCUAGUAGACAAAUGCAUAAAUUCCAUUAUGAUUGUCGAGACUGUUUGGCACGUAUUUUAAGUAAAACACAUGCUUUACCUGAUGAAUUGGGACGUGAUGCAAGUUCUGUUGGAGCGUUGACGAGGAAACACCAGGCAUUCCUCAAAGACAUAGAAGCAAUCGGCGCCCAUGUCCAACAGAUCGAGGGAGAUGCUCGCCGUCUUCGUGAUGCUUAUGCAGGUCAAAGAUCAACAGAAAUAGCUGAGAUGGAAUAUGAAAUAUUAAAAGCUUGGCAUCGACUAAAUGAGGCUUGUAAAGGAAGAAUGGGAAGAUUAAAUGAUACAAGUGAUCUAUUCCGAUUUUUGAAUAUGGUUAGGGAUUUACUUCUUUGGAUUGAGGAAGUUAAGAGAGAGAUGCUUUCACAUGAGAGGCCUAAAGAUGUUUCCGGUGUUGAACUUUUGAUGAAUAACCACCAAUCAUUGAAAGCUGAAAUUGACACUCGUGAAGAAAGUUUUCGUGAAUGCAUGGCUCUAGGUCGUCAAUUACUCGAACGUAAUCACUACGCAUCUGCUGAAAUUGAGAAAAAGUUGGUUAAGUUGACAACGGACAGAGCUGAUAUGAUGCAUCGUUGGGAAGAUCGUUGGGAGUAUUUGAGGCUAAUUCUCGAGGUUUACCAAUUCGCAAGAGAUGCAGCAGUUGCCGAAGCUUGGCUACUCGCCCAAGAACCUUAUUUAUUAUCUCGUAAUUAUGGCCGUAAUUUAGAAGAAGUUGUAGCUUUAAUUAAAAAACAUGAAGCUUUUGAAAAGAGUGCUUCAGCACAAGAAGAGAGAUUUAUGGCUUUAGAGAAAUUGACAAACUUUGAAUUGAAAGAAAUGCAAAGAAAAGAACGUCAAGCAGAAGAGGAACGUCGACGUCGUGCAGGCAGUACACCACCAAAACCACGUCCAGGUGAAACUGUUUUCCCUGCAUCGCCAACUGGGACAACUUCACGUUCUCAUGAAGAAUUAGCUGCUCAAAGGCGUGUAUCUCACCGAUUGGGAGGACUUUACCCUGGCACUUCUUUUGCUGAACCUUCAAGUUGGAGAAUGUCGAUAAGUAGACAACCACGAUUUGAGGGGCAUGAUCAAAGGGGUAUAGCAACAGCUUCAGACACAUUUGAAGGAACGCUAAUUCGGAAACAUAAUUUUGAAGGAUUUGAACGAAAAGCAUCACAUCGUACAUGGGAGAAGCUAUAUGCCGUUCUCUAUAACGGUGAUCUAUAUUUCUUCAAAGAUGCCCGGCAUCGUCAAGAACAGCCAGGCCAGACAUUUAGAAAUGAAGCGCCUCUUCAACUAGCUGGUUGUGCCGUACAACCUGUCGAACAUCCAAAGAGAAGGCAUUGUCUUUCGUUAAAAUGGCCGUUUGGAUCAGAAUAUUUAUUGCAAUGUGCUGAUGAGGAAGAUCAACAACGUUGGUUACAACAAUUAAAUUCUGCAGCAGCUAGAAUAGGUUCUCAACCUCCCCAACAACAACAACAACAAAGCACCGCCACCACUUCACAUCCACAAAUGGUGAUCUCCUCCUCGGAAUCUGGUGAUGGAAUUUCUGCGCCAGUUGAAAGUGCUCAACCACAACAACAGCCAAAAGAAAGCACGAAGAAAAGAGGAUUCUUUUCGAGGAGCAAAAAAUAAUUUUUAAAAAAGAGGAGAAUUUAGAGGGAAAGAAUGGAGGGAAGAUGAGAGAAUGGCCAAAUCUGUUAGAAAAAUAUCCGUUUAUAUUCCAUUUCAUUUUAGAGGAUUUUGGAGAUUCCCUUUUCCAUUCUCGCCUUCCCUUCAAUUCUCUUUUAAAAACUUUUUAAAAUUCUCCCAAAAUUUGCAAUGAUUUUUUAAUAUUCACCGGCACUGCCUCCACAUUCUUUUAAUUUGUUAAAUUAAAAAUUUUAAAUAAUUUUUAAAAAUCCCCAGAGAGUUUCUUUUUUAACUUUUGCUAGAAUAUUAUUAACCCUUUUUUUGUGCUUCACCUAAAUUUUAUAAUUCUUUAUUUCAUUUUUUUCCGUCCAUUUAAUUUUGUUUGUUUUGCUGUAUUUAUGCUUGUUUAUUUUUAA